CGACCGGCCGCCAAGAUGUGCGACUGCUUCCACGUGAUGCUGCCCACCUGGCCCGGAGCCCCCGGCAGCGCGUCCGGUCGGCAGCUGCAGCCUGGAGAGCCAGAUGCAGAAUCCGAGGACGAGCGCUCGGUGACUGCAGGGCCGGGGCCCGAGCUCAUCCGUCCCCGGCCACAGGGCUCCUCGCCCGUCUACGAGUGCGUGACGGAGGGUGCCGGCUUCAGACUCCCGGAAGACGCGCCCAGGAGGCGGAGGUCCUGGUGGAAGCGGGACUCAGGGGACUCGCGGACGCUUUCCAGGAUGAGCCACCUGGAGUCCACACAGGAUGGGACAGAAGUGACACUGAAGACGGAGGUGGAGGCUGGAGCCAGCGGCUACAGCGUCACGGGCGGUGGGGACCAGGGGAUCUUUGUCAAGCAAGUGCUGAAGGACUCGUCAGCGGCCAAGAUCUUCAGCCUGAGAGAAGGGGAUCAACUGCUCAGCGCAACCAUAUUCUUCGACAACAUUAAAUAUGAAGAUGCUCUCAAAAUCCUUCAGUACUCAGAGCCCUACAAGGUUCAGUUCAAACUCAGACGGAAGCUUCCUGCCGGCGUGACUGAGGAGGGCGCAGCCGGCAGUGCUGAGCCUGGCCCGAGGGCCGGCGAGGAGCAGGACCAGGAUGUCGCCGAUGGCUGCACAGAGACCCCCACGAAGAUGCCGCAAGGGGACGGAGACCAGCAGAGGCUCCUCCCCGCGGCCAGGGAGGGCAGGGGCCGGCGUGCCCAGCGGGAGCGGCUUUCCUGGCCCAAGUUCCAAGCCUUGAAGAGCAAGCGAGGGCCCCGGAGGUCGCACAGCUCCUCAGAGGCCUACGAGCGGGGUCGGGGGCCCGACCUGUCACCCACCAGCACAGACACAGAGGCCCCGCUCCCCACGGAGGAGGAGCCGGGCAGCCAGUGGAGGAGACGGUUCCCCAGCCUGAGGUUCAGGAUGGGCCCCGGGAAGGGCCCGUCGGGCAGGGGCGACCGCAGCGGGGUAGGCCCAGCCGAGCUGCUGGAGGAGGCAGGGCCCUCGGAGGCCGAACAAGAGGCCAUCAGGGCGGCCGGACGUGGCGAGAGAGAGGAUGUGAGAGCAGGACUGCCCGAGGAGGCUGAGGCCCCCACAGAGCCCGCUCUGCCUGGCGAGGGACCCACAGGCGACGGGGCGGGCCCCGCACCCAGAUUGCGAAGGAAGAAAGCCCAGGCCACAGCCCCGGAGGAGACUCCAGCGGAGGGCCAAACAGAGGCGGGGACAGCCCUGGCCCAGACCACAGAGGGAGCCAUGGAGGACACCCAGGGACCACUGGUGGGCACUGCCAGGCUGUCUCUGCAGGGCUCCGCAGAUCAGGGCAGCUACCGGAAUGGCCAACCAGAAUUCCGCAUCCGCAUACCCAGCCUAAAGACACCCAAGUUCAGAGUUGCCAAAGAAACAGUACCGGAAUAUGCGGAGGGCACGGCCCCGGUGCGCUGGGGACCCUGGUGGACACAGGUCUCUGCUGACGACGCCAGGGCCACGGUGGAGGGCGAAGGUGACACAGACUCAGAGACGAUGAGAAGACCACCAACAGAGCAGACAAAACCGGACGGAGAAGGAGAGGAGGAGGCGGUGGAGGAGACGGCGGAAGAGAGCAGGGAACGGGACCAGGAAUCGGAGCAGGUGGAGGGAAAGACAAGAAUAUUGAAGUUCAAGCUGCCCUCAUUCGGGUGGUCACCAGCGGAGAGCAGAGGAGUCAAAACGACACUAAUUCAGGAAACAGAAAAACAAAAACCAACCACGGAAACACCAGGAACAACAGAAACUGAGAGAAAGGGGAAAGACGGACAAGACAGAGACGGCAGGUUCAAAAUGCCCAAGUUCAAGAUGCCGUCCUUCGGCGUGUCGGCGCCCAGCAAGGCCAUCGAGGCCGCCGUGGACGUGUCCCUGCCCAAGGCCCAGGCCGAGGUGACCGCGCCCUCGGUGCAGGCCGACGUCAAGACCAGUGAGGUCCGCGUGGAGCUGCCCUCGGCCGAGCUGGAGGUCAAGGCCGCCGAGGUGGGCGUCAAGCUGCCGGAGGCCCACCUGCCCGAAGCCGAGCUCAAGGAAGGGGCGGCGGGGGUCGGAAUCAAGGCCCACCUGCCCAAGGUGCAGAUGCCCAGCGUCAAGCUGCCCAAGGUGGACAUCAAGGCCCCGCAGGUGGACAUCAAGGGGCCCAAGCUGGACCUGAAGGGCGCCAAGGCCGAGGUGGCCGCCCCCGACGUGGAGGUGUCGCUGCCCAGCGUGGAGGUGGACACCCAGGCCCCGGGCGCCAAGCUGGAGGGCGACCUGGCCCUGGGGGACAAGGAGGUGGCCGCCAGAGACAGCAAGUUCAAAAUGCCCAAGUUCAAGAUGCCGUCCUUCGGCGUGUCGGCGCCCAGCAAGGCCAUCGAGGCCGCCGUGGACGUGUCCCUGCCCAAGGCCCAGGCCGAGGUGACCGCGCCCUCGGUGCAGGCCGACGUCAAGACCAGUGAGGUCCGCGUGGAGCUGCCCUCGGCCGAGCUGGAGGUCAAGGCCGCCGAGGUGGGCGUCAAGCUGCCGGAGGCCCACCUGCCCGAAGCCGAGCUCAAGGAAGGGGCGGCGGGGGUCGGAAUCAAGGCCCACCUGCCCAAGGUGCAGAUGCCCAGCGUCAAGCUGCCCAAGGUGGACAUCAAGGCCCCGCAGGUGGACAUCAAGGGGCCCAAGCUGGACCUGAAGGGCGCCAAGGCCGAGGUGGCCGCCCCCGACGUGGAGGUGUCGCUGCCCAGCGUGGAGGUGGACACCCAGGCCCCGGGCGCCAAGCUGGAGGGCGACCUGGCCCUGGGGGACAAGGAGGUGGCCGCCAGAGACAGCAAGUUCAAAAUGCCCAAGUUCAAGAUGCCGUCCUUCGGCGUGUCGGCGCCCAGCAAGGCCAUCGAGGCCGCCGUGGACGUGUCCCUGCCCAAGGCCCAGGCCGAGGUGACCGCGCCCUCGGUGCAGGCCGACGUCAAGACCAGUGAGGUCCGCGUGGAGCUGCCCUCGGCCGAGCUGGAGGUCAAGGCCGCCGAGGUGGGCGUCAAGCUGCCGGAGGCCCACCUGCCCGAAGCCGAGCUCAAGGAAGGGGCGGCGGGGGUCGGAAUCAAGGCCCACCUGCCCAAGGUGCAGAUGCCCAGCGUCAAGCUGCCCAAGGUGGACAUCAAGGCCCCGCAGGUGGACAUCAAGGGGCCCAAGCUGGACCUGAAGGGCGCCAAGGCCGAGGUGGCCGCCCCCGACGUGGAGGUGUCGCUGCCCAGCGUGGAGGUGGACACCCAGGCCCCGGGCGCCAAGCUGGAGGGCGACCUGGCCCUGGGGGACAAGGAGGUGGCCGCCAGAGACAGCAAGUUCAAAAUGCCCAAGUUCAAGAUGCCGUCCUUCGGCGUGUCGGCGCCCAGCAAGGCCAUCGAGGCCGCCGUGGACGUGUCCCUGCCCAAGGCCCAGGCCGAGGUGACCGCGCCCUCGGUGCAGGCCGACGUCAAGACGAGUGAGGUCCGCGUGGAGCUGCCCUCGGCCGAGCUGGAGGUCAAGGCCGCCGAGGUGGGCGUCAAGCUGCCGGAGGCCCACCUGCCCGAAGCCGAGCUCAAGGAAGGGGCGGCGGGGGUCGGAAUCAAGGCCCACCUGCCCAAGGUGCAGAUGCCCAGCGUCAAGCUGCCCAAGGUGGACAUCAAGGCCCCGCAGGUGGACAUCAAGGGGCCCAAGCUGGACCUGAAGGGCGCCAAGGCCGAGGUGGCCGCCCCCGACGUGGAGGUGUCGCUGCCCAGCGUGGAGGUGGACACCCAGGCCCCGGGCGCCAAGCUGGAGGGCGACCUGGCCCUGGGGGACAAGGAGGUGGCCGCCAGAGACAGCAAGUUCAAAAUGCCCAAGUUCAAGAUGCCGUCCUUCGGCGUGUCGGCGCCCAGCAAGGCCAUCGAGGCCGCCGUGGACGUGUCCCUGCCCAAGGCCCAGGCCGAGGUGACCGCGCCCUCGGUGCAGGCCGACGUCAAGACGAGUGAGGUCCGCGUGGAGCUGCCCUCGGCCGAGCUGGAGGUCAAGGCCGCCGAGGUGGGCGUCAAGCUGCCGGAGGCCCACCUGCCCGAAGCCGAGCUCAAGGAAGGGGCGGCGGGGGUCGGAAUCAAGGCCCACCUGCCCAAGGUGCAGAUGCCCAGCGUCAAGCUGCCCAAGGUGGACAUCAAGGCCCCGCAGGUGGACAUCAAGGGGCCCAAGCUGGACCUGAAGGGCGCCAAGGCCGAGGUGGCCGCCCCCGACGUGGAGGUGUCGCUGCCCAGCGUGGAGGUGGACACCCAGGCCCCGGGCGCCAAGCUGGAGGGCGACCUGGCCCUGGGGGACAAGGAGGUGGCCGCCAGAGACAGCAAGUUCAAAAUGCCCAAGUUCAAGAUGCCGUCCUUCGGCGUGUCGGCGCCCAGCAAGGCCAUCGAGGCCGCCGUGGACGUGUCCCUGCCCAAGGCCCAGGCCGAGGUGACCGCGCCCUCGGUGCAGGCCGACGUCAAGACGAGUGAGGUCCGCGUGGAGCUGCCCUCGGCCGAGCUGGAGGUCAAGGCCGCCGAGGUGGGCGUCAAGCUGCCGGAGGCCCACCUGCCCGAAGCCGAGCUCAAGGAAGGGGCGGCGGGGGUCGGAAUCAAGGCCCACCUGCCCAAGGUGCAGAUGCCCAGCGUCAAGCUGCCCAAGGUGGACAUCAAGGCCCCGCAGGUGGACAUCAAGGGGCCCAAGCUGGACCUGAAGGGCGCCAAGGCCGAGGUGGCCGCCCCCGACGUGGAGGUGUCGCUGCCCAGCGUGGAGGUGGACACCCAGGCCCCGGGCGCCAAGCUGGAGGGCGACCUGGCCCUGGGGGACAAGGAGGUGGCCGCCAGAGACAGCAAGUUCAAAAUGCCCAAGUUCAAGAUGCCGUCCUUCGGCGUGUCGGCGCCCAGCAAGGCCAUCGAGGCCGCCGUGGACGUGUCCCUGCCCAAGGCCCAGGCCGAGGUGACCGCGCCCUCGGUGCAGGCCGACGUCAAGACCAGUGAGGUCCGCGUGGAGCUGCCCUCGGCCGAGCUGGAGGUCAAGGCCGCCGAGGUGGGCGUCAAGCUGCCGGAGGCCCACCUGCCCGAAGCCGAGCUCAAGGAAGGGGCGGCGGGGGUCGGAAUCAAGGCCCACCUGCCCAAGGUGCAGAUGCCCAGCGUCAAGCUGCCCAAGGUGGACAUCAAGGCCCCGCAGGUGGACAUCAAGGGGCCCAAGCUGGACCUGAAGGGCGCCAAGGCCGAGGUGGCCGCCCCCGACGUGGAGGUGUCGCUGCCCAGCGUGGAGGUGGACACCCAGGCCCCGGGCGCCAAGCUGGAGGGCGACCUGGCCCUGGGGGACAAGGAGGUGGCCGCCAGAGACAGCAAGUUCAAAAUGCCCAAGUUCAAGAUGCCGUCCUUCGGCGUGUCGGCGCCCAGCAAGGCCAUCGAGGCCGCCGUGGACGUGUCCCUGCCCAAGGCCCAGGCCGAGGUGACCGCGCCCUCGGUGCAGGCCGACGUCAAGACCAGUGAGGUCCGCGUGGAGCUGCCCUCGGCCGAGCUGGAGGUCAAGGCCGCCGAGGUGGGCGUCAAGCUGCCGGAGGCCCACCUGCCCGAAGCCGAGCUCAAGGAAGGGGCGGCGGGGGUCGGAAUCAAGGCCCACCUGCCCAAGGUGCAGAUGCCCAGCGUCAAGCUGCCCAAGGUGGACAUCAAGGCCCCGCAGGUGGACAUCAAGGGGCCCAAGCUGGACCUGAAGGGCGCCAAGGCCGAGGUGGCCGCCCCCGACGUGGAGGUGUCGCUGCCCAGCGUGGAGGUGGACACCCAGGCCCCGGGCGCCAAGCUGGAGGGCGACCUGGCCCUGGGGGACAAGGAGGUGGCCGCCAGAGACAGCAAGUUCAAAAUGCCCAAGUUCAAGAUGCCGUCCUUCGGCGUGUCGGCGCCCAGCAAGGCCAUCGAGGCCGCCGUGGACGUGUCCCUGCCCAAGGCCCAGGCCGAGGUGACCGCGCCCUCGGUGCAGGCCGACGUCAAGACCAGUGAGGUCCGCGUGGAGCUGCCCUCGGCCGAGCUGGAGGUCAAGGCCGCCGAGGUGGGCGUCAAGCUGCCAGAGGCCCACCUGCCCGAAGCCGAGCUCAAGGAAGGGGCGGCGGGGGUCGGAAUCAAGGCCCACCUGCCCAAGGUGCAGAUGCCCAGCGUCAAGCUGCCCAAGGUGGACAUCAAGGCCCCGCAGGUGGACAUCAAGGGGCCCAAGCUGGACCUGAAGGGCGCCAAGGCCGAGGUGGCCGCCCCCGACGUGGAGGUGUCGCUGCCCAGCGUGGAGGUGGACACCCAGGCCCCGGGCGCCAAGCUGGAGGGCGACCUGGCCCUGGGGGACAAGGAGGUGGCCGCCAGAGACAGCAAGUUCAAAAUGCCCAAGUUCAAGAUGCCGUCCUUCGGCGUGUCGGCGCCCAGCAAGGCCAUCGAGGCCGCCGUGGACGUGUCCCUGCCCAAGGCCCAGGCCGAGGUGACCGCGCCCUCGGUGCAGGCCGACGUCAAGACGAGCGAGGUCCGCGUGGAGCUGCCCUCGGCCGAGCUGGAGGUCAAGGCCGCCGAGGUGGGCGUCAAGCUGCCGGAGGCCCACCUGCCCGAAGCCGAGCUCAAGGAAGGGGCGGCGGGGGUCGGAAUCAAGGCCCACCUGCCCAAGGUGCAGAUGCCCAGCGUCAAGCUGCCCAAGGUGGACAUCAAGGCCCCGCAGGUGGACAUCAAGGGGCCCAAGCUGGACCUGAAGGGCGCCAAGGCCGAGGUGGCCGCCCCCGACGUGGAGGUGUCGCUGCCCAGCGUGGAGGUGGACACCCAGGCCCCGGGCGCCAAGCUGGAGGGCGACCUGGCCCUGGGGGACAAGGAGGUGGCCGCCAGAGACAGCAAGUUCAAAAUGCCCAAGUUCAAGAUGCCGUCCUUCGGCGUGUCGGCGCCCAGCAAGGCCAUCGAGGCCGCCGUGGACGUGUCCCUGCCCAAGGCCCAGGCCGAGGUGACCGCGCCCUCGGUGCAGGCCGACGUCAAGACGAGUGAGGUCCGCGUGGAGCUGCCCUCGGCCGAGCUGGAGGUCAAGGCCGCCGAGGUGGGCGUCAAGCUGCCGGAGGCCCACCUGCCCGAAGCCGAGCUCAAGGAAGGGGCGGCGGGGGUCGGAAUCAAGGCCCACCUGCCCAAGGUGCAGAUGCCCAGCGUCAAGCUGCCCAAGGUGGACAUCAAGGCCCCGCAGGUGGACAUCAAGGGGCCCAAGCUGGACCUGAAGGGCGCCAAGGCCGAGGUGGCCGCCCCCGACGUGGAGGUGUCGCUGCCCAGCGUGGAGGUGGACACCCAGGCCCCGGGCGCCAAGCUGGAGGGCGACCUGGCCCUGGGGGACAAGGAGGUGGCCGCCAGAGACAGCAAGUUCAAAAUGCCCAAGUUCAAGAUGCCGUCCUUCGGCGUGUCGGCGCCCAGCAAGGCCAUCGAGGCCGCCGUGGACGUGUCCCUGCCCAAGGCCCAGGCCGAGGUGACCGCGCCCUCGGUGCAGGCCGACGUCAAGACCAGUGAGGUCCGCGUGGAGCUGCCCUCGGCCGAGCUGGAGGUCAAGGCCGCCGAGGUGGGCGUCAAGCUGCCGGAGGCCCACCUGCCCGAAGCCGAGCUCAAGGAAGGGGCGGCGGGGGUCGGAAUCAAGGCCCACCUGCCCAAGGUGCAGAUGCCCAGCGUCAAGCUGCCCAAGGUGGACAUCAAGGCCCCGCAGGUGGACAUCAAGGGGCCCAAGCUGGACCUGAAGGGCGCCAAGGCCGAGGUGGCCGCCCCCGACGUGGAGGUGUCGCUGCCCAGCGUGGAGGUGGACACCCAGGCCCCGGGCGCCAAGCUGGAGGGCGACCUGGCCCUGGGGGACAAGGAGGUGGCCGCCAGAGACAGCAAGUUCAAAAUGCCCAAGUUCAAGAUGCCGUCCUUCGGCGUGUCGGCGCCCAGCAAGGCCAUCGAGGCCGCCGUGGACGUGUCCCUGCCCAAGGCCCAGGCCGAGGUGACCGCGCCCUCGGUGCAGGCCGACGUCAAGACCAGUGAGGUCCGCGUGGAGCUGCCCUCGGCCGAGCUGGAGGUCAAGGCCGCCGAGGUGGGCGUCAAGCUGCCGGAGGCCCACCUGCCCGAAGCCGAGCUCAAGGAAGGGGCGGCGGGGGUCGGAAUCAAGGCCCACCUGCCCAAGGUGCAGAUGCCCAGCGUCAAGCUGCCCAAGGUGGACAUCAAGGCCCCGCAGGUGGACAUCAAGGGGCCCAAGCUGGACCUGAAGGGCGCCAAGGCCGAGGUGGCCGCCCCCGACGUGGAGGUGUCGCUGCCCAGCGUGGAGGUGGACACCCAGGCCCCGGGCGCCAAGCUGGAGGGCGACCUGGCCCUGGGGGACAAGGAGGUGGCCGCCAGAGACAGCAAGUUCAAAAUGCCCAAGUUCAAGAUGCCGUCCUUCGGCGUGUCGGCGCCCAGCAAGGCCAUCGAGGCCGCCGUGGACGUGUCCCUGCCCAAGGCCCAGGCCGAGGUGACCGCGCCCUCGGUGCAGGCCGACGUCAAGACCAGUGAGGUCCGCGUGGAGCUGCCCUCGGCCGAGCUGGAGGUCAAGGCCGCCGAGGUGGGCGUCAAGCUGCCGGAGGCCCACCUGCCCGAAGCCGAGCUCAAGGAAGGGGCGGCGGGGGUCGGAAUCAAGGCCCACCUGCCCAAGGUGCAGAUGCCCAGCGUCAAGCUGCCCAAGGUGGACAUCAAGGCCCCGCAGGUGGACAUCAAGGGGCCCAAGCUGGACCUGAAGGGCGCCAAGGCCGAGGUGGCCGCCCCCGACGUGGAGGUGUCGCUGCCCAGCGUGGAGGUGGACACCCAGGCCCCGGGCGCCAAGCUGGAGGGCGACCUGGCCCUGGGGGACAAGGAGGUGGCCGCCAGAGACAGCAAGUUCAAAAUGCCCAAGUUCAAGAUGCCGUCCUUCGGCGUGUCGGCGCCCAGCAAGGCCAUCGAGGCCGCCGUGGACGUGUCCCUGCCCAAGGCCCAGGCCGAGGUGACCGCGCCCUCGGUGCAGGCCGACGUCAAGACGAGUGAGGUCCGCGUGGAGCUGCCCUCGGCCGAGCUGGAGGUCAAGGCCGCCGAGGUGGGCGUCAAGCUGCCGGAGGCCCACCUGCCCGAAGCCGAGCUCAAGGAAGGGGCGGCGGGGGUCGGAAUCAAGGCCCACCUGCCCAAGGUGCAGAUGCCCAGCGUCAAGCUGCCCAAGGUGGACAUCAAGGCCCCGCAGGUGGACAUCAAGGGGCCCAAGCUGGACCUGAAGGGCGUCAAGGCCGAGGUGGCCGCCCCCGACGUGGAGGUGUCGCUGCCCAGCAUGGAGGUGGACACCCAGGCCCCGGGCGCCAAGCUGGAGGGCGACCUGGCCCUGGGGGACAAGGAGGUGGCCGCCAGAGACAGCAAGUUCAAAAUGCCCAAGUUCAAGAUGCCGUCCUUCGGCGUGUCGGCGCCCAGCAAGGCCAUCGAGGCCGCCGUGGACGUGUCCCUGCCCAAGGCCCAGGCCGAGGUGACCGCGCCCUCGGUGCAGGCCGACGUCAAGACGAGUGAGGUCCGCGUGGAGCUGCCCUCGGCCGAGCUGGAGGUCAAGGCCGCCGAGGUGGGCGUCAAGCUGCCGGAGGCCCACCUGCACGAAGCCGAGCUCAAGGAAGGGGCGGCGGGGGUCGGAAUCAAGGCCCACCUGCCCAAGGUGCAGAUGCCCAGCGUCAAGCUGCCCAAGGUGGACAUCAAGGCCCCGCAGGUGGACAUCAAGGGGCCCAAGCUGGACCUGAAGGGCGCCAAGGCCGAGGUGGCCGCCCCCGACGUGGAGGUGUCGCUGCCCAGCGUGGAGGUGGACACCCAGGCCCCGGGCGCCAAGCUGGAGGGCGACCUGGCCCUGGGGGACAAGGAGGUGGCCGCCAGAGACAGCAAGUUCAAAAUGCCCAAGUUCAAGAUGCCGUCCUUCGGCGUGUCGGCGCCCAGCAAGGCCAUCGAGGCCGCCGUGGACGUGUCCCUGCCCAAGGCCCAGGCCGAGGUGACCGCGCCCUCGGUGCAGGCCGACGUCAAGACCAGUGAGGUCCGCGUGGAGCUGCCCUCGGCCGAGCUGGAGGUCAAGGCCGCCGAGGUGGGCGUCAAGCUGCCGGAGGCCCACCUGCACGAAGCCGAGCUCAAGGAAGGGGCGGCGGGGGUCGGAAUCAAGGCCCACCUGCCCAAGGUGCAGAUGCCCAGCGUCAAGCUGCCCAAGGUGGACAUCAAGGCCCCGCAGGUGGACAUCAAGGGGCCCAAGCUGGACCUGAAGGGCGCCAAGGCCGAGGUGGCCGCCCCCGACGUGGAGGUGUCGCUGCCCAGCGUGGAGGUGGACACCCAGGCCCCGGGCGCCAAGCUGGAGGGCGACCUGGCCCUGGGGGACAAGGAGGUGGCCGCCAGAGACAGCAAGUUCAAAAUGCCCAAGUUCAAGAUGCCGUCCUUCGGCGUGUCGGCGCCCAGCAAGGCCAUCGAGGCCGCCGUGGACGUGUCCCUGCCCAAGGCCCAGGCCGAGGUGACCGCGCCCUCGGUGCAGGCCGACGUCAAGACCAGUGAGGUCCGCGUGGAGCUGCCCUCGGCCGAGCUGGAGGUCAAGGCCGCCGAGGUGGGCGUCAAGCUGCCGGAGGCCCACCUGCCCGAAGCCGAGCUCAAGGAAGGGGCGGCGGGGGUCGGAAUCAAGGCCCACCUGCCCAAGGUGCAGAUGCCCAGCGUCAAGCUGCCCAAGGUGGACAUCAAGGCCCCGCAGGUGGACAUCAAGGGGCCCAAGCUGGACCUGAAGGGCGCCAAGGCCGAGGUGGCCGCCCCCGACGUGGAGGUGUCGCUGCCCAGCGUGGAGGUGGACACCCAGGCCCCGGGCGCCAAGCUGGAGGGCGACCUGGCCCUGGGGGACAAGGAGGUGGCCGCCAGAGACAGCAAGUUCAAAAUGCCCAAGUUCAAGAUGCCGUCCUUCGGCGUGUCGGCGCCCAGCAAGGCCAUCGAGGCCGCCGUGGACGUGUCCCUGCCCAAGGCCCAGGCCGAGGUGACCGCGCCCUCGGUGCAGGCCGACGUCAAGACCAGUGAGGUCCGCGUGGAGCUGCCCUCGGCCGAGCUGGAGGUCAAGGCCGCCGAGGUGGGCGUCAAGCUGCCGGAGGCCCACCUGCCCGAAGCCGAGCUCAAGGAAGGGGCGGCGGGGGUCGGAAUCAAGGCCCACCUGCCCAAGGUGCAGAUGCCCAGCGUCAAGCUGCCCAAGGUGGACAUCAAGGCCCCGCAGGUGGACAUCAAGGGGCCCAAGCUGGACCUGAAGGGCGCCAAGGCCGAGGUGGCCGCCCCCGACGUGGAGGUGUCGCUGCCCAGCAUGGAGGUGGACACCCAGGCCCCGGGCGCCAAGCUGGAGGGUGACCGGGCCCCUGGGUACAAGGACGUGGCCGCCAGAGAGCAUACCUUCACAACCGAAGACGAUGUAAAAAUCCACGUACGAAAAUCCCAUUUUAAGUUUCCGAAGUUGUUUUCUUCAUCAGGGAAAUCUUUCAUAAGUUCUCCCGUGAUUGCUGGUGAUCCUCACGUUUCUCUGCUGCCAAGUGCUUCCGGUGUGGAUUCUACCUUCCCAGAUGUUUCUAGUCAUAAACCGUCUCUGCCGCGUCCCCACCUGGGUUGGCCUGGUGUGUCCUCAGGUAGCCUUGAUGUCAGCCAUUCUCACGCUGAGUCCUCGUCUGUCUCUCUGGAGCCCGUCACUCUCACCAAGUACCAAGUGACUGCUCCCGACGCUGCACAGUUCCCUUCAGAAAUCCCUUCGUAUUCCCAGGAGGAUAGAGAAAGUCCUGCCGCUUUGUCCCCCGACGAGCACGUUCCGUGCCCACCUGAUCGUCCUGCCAGCCCUCUGGACCCGCUAUUUCUUGCAUCUUAUGGUCGGGUGACCUUUCCCAAGUUUCACCGACCAAAGUUCGGGUUUUCUAGCCCAGAAGCAGUAGGUCCUGCGGUGGAGGCUGGGGCCGCGGAGACCUCCCCUGCCCUGUGCCCUCCCAGCGAGGCUCAGGGCCUGGGCUCUGCACACGGCCUGCCCCUGGGAGACGGUCGCCAAGGGCACGCACCUGGGGACGUCACAGCCAGCCAGCCUCACCGCGAGGGGACGGCCCAGUCAGCAGGAGACCCCUUCCAGCAGUCAUGCAGAGCCGCAGGUGCGGACGCCCCGACGGAGGAGAGCACACCCGCUCAGGGGGGCUGGUUCAGGAUGCCCGCCCUCCACCUGCCCAGCAUCCGGCGCCCCGCCAGGGCGAAGGGGGUGCCCGGGGUGCAGAGUCCCCCGCCUGCUGCCCAUUCACCAGGGGAAGAAGGGCCAGCUCCUGUCAAGGCUCAGGGGCCUCCAGAGUUAGAGGUGGAGGUGCCUGAGCCUCUGGAGGCAGCUGAGAAGAGCGCAUCGUGUGUGGGCGUGCUAGAGAUAAACCUGGAUGGCAGAGGCCCAACGCCGCACCCACCUCCUCCGGGGGCAUCUCCUGUGGGCCUGUCCACUUCCAAAGCCAGGGUCCGCCCGGGCGAAGGUUCCCUUCCGCUUCGGGUGCCCAGCGGGGCACUUCUGGAAACGAAAGCUCCUCCUGCUGGGCCUGCAGGCCUGGACCUCGCUGGGGGAGAGGGGAGGGAGGAGAAAUGGUCCUCCCAGCCCGAAGGCCCUGUUAAACUGAAGGUGUCCAGGACCGACGGGCCGUCCCAGGUUUCCGUGGUCAGCGUGGGUCAGCCCUGGGAGGGCUCCGUGUUAACUGUCAGACUGCCCAGGCUGAGCAUGCCGAGGUUUGCCUUCCCUGACCCUGGCUCGGAGGCCGACGUCUUCAUCCCCACCGUGCGGGAGGUGCAGUGCGCUGGGAGCAGCCUGGGCGACGCCUUGCGCACGGAGAGCCCGGGAGCCUGGGGCGCCAGCAUCCUGAAGGCCGGCGCUGGGACCCCCGAGGAGCAGCCCGUGGCCUUUGACCUCUCCCCGGAAGCUUCCAGGGUCCGAGUGCACAUUCACGGUGCUCAAGGAGAGGGUCCCGGGGUUGGCGUACAUGGCGUGGUGACGGCAGAGCCGGCCGACCUCUCGGGGCCCGAGGCUGUUUCCACCCAGAUUGUGCGGGAAUCAGAGAUCCCCACGUCCGAGAUCCAAACCGCUUCCUACGGAUUUUCAUUGCUGAAAGUGAAGAUCUCUGAGCCCCCCACACAGGGGAGGGUCCGAGACUCCCGGCCAACGGUGGGCUUGCUGGAGGCUCCCGAAGAAGCCGGCCCCGGAGCAGACCCCGUUUCUGCAGACCUGCAGCCAGACACCGGAGAACCAUUUGAAGUGAUUGCGUCCAGCGUCAGCGUACCCGGAGGCCCAGCACUCACCGCCGACCUGCGCUCUGGCCACUCGGGUGUGGAGAGCUGCUCCGACGAGGAGCCCGCAGAAAUCCUCGAACUUCCCCCCGAAGAGGACGGCGAGGAGGCUGCUGCGGGCCUGGCCGAAGGAGACCAGGCUCUGAAAGAGAAGCCGGAAGGUAAGAGGUCUUCUGGUCUGUUCCGAUUUUGGCUUCCCAGCAUCGGUUUCUCUUCUUCCUCCGAAGAGACAUGUGCUGACUCCAAAGAUGAAGCCCAUGGGCCAGCCCCCGUCCAGACCCCGCCGAGUUCGCAGCCUGAGGCAGAGCCUCCCAAGAAAACCGAGAAGGCGGGCUGGUUCCGAUUCCCCAAAUUAGGGUUCUCCUCCUCCCCGACCAAGAAAAGCAAGAGCUCAGAGGACGAGGCAGCUCCAGCAGAGCAAAAGCUCCAAGAAGAAGCCGUCACCUUCUUUGACGCCCGCGAGAGCUUCUCCCCUGAAGACAAGGAGGAGGGGGUGCCGGGCGCUGGGGCCAUGGUCACGUCCACGGCCAGGACGGAGCUCAUCCUGCCGGAGCCGGACCCGGGGGCCCCGGACGAGCCUGCGCCCGUGCCCGCUGCCCAGUGAGGGCGGGAGGAAGUGGAGGCUGCGCCCUGCGCCCCGCCUGUGCACGCGAGUGUCCACCGUGACCCCCAGAGCGGAGGACGAAGCGGAGCCAGCUGUGAGCAGAGGGGCCCCCGGCCCCGGCCCUCCCAAAGCGGGGCCCCCAGUGUGCUGCCUCCCAAAGCCUCAGGAGGGGUCCCAGGCUCCUGAGGGUCUUUACUAGACACGUGUUACUAGACCCCUGCCCACGAGCCCCCCGAGGACACUGCUGCUGCUUCCUGGUGAAGGUUAUUUCCCUGUUGCCAGCAGAGUCUGCCACAGUCCAGGAGAUCGUCUCCCUGCCCGCUUAGAGCUGGCCCACUCUUCAGGGGCCGUCUUGCCGAGGCAAGCCCUGGGAUGCUUUGAAUGACACCUGUGCCGGGCUGGGGGCAGCAGGCCACCGAGUGGUCCAGGCGUCCGUCCGUGAGUGCCCACCAGACGCCCGUGGGCGUCCACUUGCCCUCUCCGGCGUGCGUGGCUCCCAGCCCCUCUGUGCCUGAAGAUGGGACCCACUUGGCUGCUUCCUGGACCCCGAACGGGCCAUAAAUAAAGCGCUGCCCCCCUCCC